AUGGUACGGAGACAAAACACCGCAAGACUGAGGUGGGCUUCUGAUGGAAGGCUUCUCCGUCGAUACACCUGUCUGAGAAAACCCACAUUUACUCCACGACACUCCGGGAGGACUGUUCAGUGCGGUCAGAUUAUAUAUAAGUUUGUUCUGAUGGAGUUGCCAGCAUGGAGGGCAUCAGCUCUCGAGGCCGCUUCUCAAUCCCUAUUUGAUGAGAGUUCCAACCGUUCCGAAGAUGCCAGUGUGUUAUUGGUCCUGCUGUCGUUCUUUUCUCAUUGCGAAAAAAUCCCCUUGGACCUUUUUGUACGCGGGUCAACCCCAAGGAAACGCUGGACAGUUGAGGGCAAUAUUGAGUUUGCCAACGCGACCAGAGUUGGGCUGGCCUCGGAGUUGGUGGACCUACUAUCAGAUGCUCAACGACUUACACGAGCUUUUGAUGAACUGUGUCAGUCUGCGGCAGUGCUCAGAUACCCCGAUGAGACGUACCAUUUGAAUGAGGAUAUGUCAGCACGGGUUCAUCGAAGUCUGGUGCCAGAUACUUUGCCCUUUUGGCGACAACAGGCAUUGGUCGUGGCGUACAGGGCAAUACCUUGGAAGUAUAUCGAGUUUCCAGACCCUGUGGUCAGAUCGUUUCUGCCACAUUUGCACCAUGUUGCAGAGGCGUUCCAGGACUGUUUUGAAGAGCUACCUAGAGCUACCAGGACUGACUUCAUGCUCACACUUAUCGAGGCUUUUCGAUUCCCAGAUAUGGCCUGGAAGUACUUCGCGAUUGGCCAGGCUGAACUGGCUGCAGGUCGAUUGAAAGAUACACACCUUCGCCUUUGUAUCGGCCAGACCAAGGCAGUCCUGGGGCGCCUCAGUGGGAACAUGGAUGAGGCCGUCAGUAGUCUUCAGGACAUUGUGUCAAAUGAUCCAGCUGCCAGUGCAAGCAAGCGAGUGCGAUGUGAGGUUGGUGUUGCAAUCAUUCAACGUUCUUUGAACUGUAUCCAGGUUGCAGAUCUUUCCACGGCACAGAAGUUACUGGAGGACUGGGACCCCUAUGAUGCCGAACCAUCACCCUUGGAGAAGAUUCUUAGCUUUCGCAAGUAUUCGUUGCUGGGACGAGUCAUGCGCCUGCAGGGUAAUUUCGAAAAGGCAUUGGAACUUCUCAAAACAGCGCACCAGACAUCGCAGAUAACGGGUGAACUCGUUUUCGACGAAGAUCUCCGCGAUCUCACAUGCGACCUGGCUGAUACUUUGCGGGAGCUCAACGAACCCGUGGCUGGUGAGAGCUAUCUUCGCACAGAGAUCACGCGGCGAACCGAGAGACCAGACCCAUUGCAGGGCAAGUCGCUUCUGGAACUGGCUUUGGCGGAGACUCUUUUUGCUCAGGAACGAUAUGGAGAGGCGAAAGAGAUAUGUGUCAACAUUGAGUCACGGGCAAGUCUUCUCAAGUACGAGAGGUUACGUGUAAAUGUUAUAUUGGCGAAGCUGUCACAUGCAAGGUCGGAUUUUGAGGCUGCCUUGUCGCGAUGGAGCGAAGCGAUGCAAGCAUUGCAAGAGUUUUCUCUGGUGGAUGGACAGGUGCAGAAUAUUAUCUCUGCGUCAAUGGCUGAUGUUUUGGACGCUCAAGGUCACAACUGGUUGACGAAAGAAUCUCCUCGAAAGGCUUCACUGACAGAAUUGGCAAAACCAGAGGGCGUGCCACACUGGAUCGCUGGUUUUCGGCAAUGGGCAGAAUACCUCCAGUCCAAGGGUACCGGAUAAUUGAGUUAUAUAGGUAGUUGUCCGUGGUUGAUUUGAGUUAAGGGAAACAGUAGGAUUUGCGUUGGUAACGAACUUAUUAUGAAGGUGGAAUUUAGAUACCCGAGAUCGAGCCAGCUGAUCAUUUUUACGGCAAUCAAAGUGAUUGAACACC